AUCAAACCGCAGCUCGAGAUGAUGCAGCCAUUGGCCAUUGUGGUCCUACUUCUGCCCCUGAUCCGCGCAGAUGUGAGUCACCUGUCCAAGGAAUAUAUACCGCCCAGUGCGGAACAGGAGCCAUCCACACGGUCUGCUGACGGCCAGGAGGUCCAGAAGGAUCCAUCUGGGUUCUAUCCCUCGGGUGGACUGCCCCUGCCGCCGGGCUAUGCCAUUCCCACGGGCAGCAACGUUCCACCGCAGCCUGCCCAGCCUCCAAACUUCCCCCUGCCCAUCUAUCCACCUUUCUUCGGCUUCGGCGGUGGUCCUGGCGAGCAGGGAGGCGGACCAGGCGGACCAGGCGGCAUUGGCCCAGUGCCCUCGGCCUAUCCCAAUGGAGGCGCAUUCCCGGCGGGUCCUCCGAAUGCGGCCUUCCAACUGCCUCCGGGUGGUGGUCCUUUCGGUCCGCAGGGAGGUGGCUUUCCCCAGGCAGGUGGCUUUCCCCAGGCGGGCGGUUUCCCCCCUCAAGGAGCUGGCUUCCCACUUGGCAAUCCUGGCAAUGGAUUCCCACCGCAGGGAGGUCCCUUCUCACCACAGCCAGGACCGUUCCCACCACAGGGAGGUGCCUUCGGGCCACAGGGAAUAGCUGGUAACUUCCCAGGAGGAAACUUCCCCCCACAGGGAGGACCCUUCCAAGGAUCCGCAUAUCGACCGGAGCUCCUGACAGGCCAGGGACUUCCCCUAACAAAUGCCCAAGCUCCCUUCCAAGGACCCAGUCCCGCAGGAUUCAAUGUGCCCGUGGGAUUCGGCGGACCGGUGCCCGGCCAGAAUCCAUACCAGCAAUUCGGACCCGGAUUCGGUGGACCCGCUCCGCCGGGCUACUCCGAUGAGUCGGCAAAGGAGCAGCCAAAGGACGGUGAGAGGACGGUAGUGGCACCACCAUUGGCCGAUGAUCCCAAGAGUGUGGCGGAUACGGUGUACGCAACCAACGGCGGCUACGUCUAUAAGAAGGCCAAGUGA